AUGUGGGACGAAACCCUGUCUAAGUCAGCUGAGGACUGGGCCCACGCGUGUCUGUGGGAGCACGGACCUCGACACCUCCUCAGGUUCCUGGGCCAGAACCUCUCUGUCAGGACCGGACGCUACCGCUCUAUUCUCCAGUUAGUGAAGCCCUGGCAUGAUGAAGUGAAGGACUAUGUGUUCCCCUACCCCCAGGACUGCAACCCCAGGUGCCCUCUCAAAUGCUACGGACCCAUGUGUACACAUUAUACCCAGAUGGUUUGGGCCACAACAAACAAAGUUGGCUGUGCUGUACAUACGUGUCACAAUAUGAACGUGUGGGGGAACGUGUGGAAACGGACAACAUACUUAGUGUGCAACUAUUCAUCCAAGGGGAACUGGAUCGGAGAGGCACCCUAUAAAGUAGGCGUCCCGUGCUCCGCCUGUCCCCCGAGCUACGGAGGCUCCUGUUCCAACAACAUGUGUUUCCCAGCCCUCAACACAAACUAUCUGCAGUGGUUCAAAUAGAGUCCCUGUCCAGCCUGCGUCCCAAAUCACAGCCUCUAUGUAGCCCUAUGGGCCCUGGUCAAAUGUAGUACACUACAUAGGGAAUAGGGUUCCAUUUGGGACGGAGACUAACACCAAGCUAACAUCAUGACCCCCGACCCCAACACAGAGACUUUCCCCCCUGAAGGAUUUGUACAACAGUCCUGAAAAAAUGCUAAUUUUUGUACAUAUGGGCUUAUUUACGUUGGAAGGCAGCACAUUUUUUUUUAAAUAAUUAUGUGUACAUAGAAUGUAUAUUAAUGUUGUUUUAUUUGUUACUAGAACUUGUGUUUUUGUACGAUUAUCCUAUGAUGAAUUGGAUUGAUUGAUAGGAAGAUAAUUUAUCUUGUGAACGAUGUUUAAUAACAGAUAUGGUGCAGAUACUGUUUCAGUAGUACAGUAUUAUGGUUCGCCAUUGGCCAUGUACCCGUAGGAAGUGGAUACUCAUGGACACACCACCUCACAAUGGUCCAAUAGAAACAACUGGAGACACCUUGUCAUUUUUUGGAGAAAGGUUAUUGACACGGCAGCGCUAGCAAAAAAAAAGUGAUCGCUAACUAACUGUAAACAAUUCUAGCUUGCUAGCUAAUUAUCUUGGCUAACUGUGGAGCAAAACAAUUCACUUAUUUACCAUUAAUUAGCUACCGUAAAUAUAUUUGCUAGCAAAUGCUACGCUGUCUCCUAACCUGCAAGGUGUCUCCAGCGAUGUUUACUUUUUGCCAUUUUAUGACACCUCCACUUCGUAGUAUGUAUUUCAGAUGCAUUUUGAAGUCUGAGGGAAAUACAAAGUAACAGUGCUGGCUGCUAAUCUCAAAUCAAUCAAAUGGUGCUAAACACACAGCACUAUACAGCUCUCAAUGGUGCUAAACACACGGAGCACUAUACAGCUCUCAAUGGUGCUAAACACACAGAGGACUAUACAGUCCUCAAUGGUGCUAAACACACAGAGCACUAUACAGUCCUCAAUGGUGCUAAACACACAGAGGACUAUACAGCUCUCAAUGGUGCUAAACACACAGAGCACUAUACAGUCCUCAAUGGUGCUAAACACACAGCACUAUACAGCUCUCAAUGGUGCUAAACACACAGAGCACUAUACAGUCCUCAAUGGUGCUAAACACACAGCACUAUACAGUCCUCAAUGGUGCUAAACACACAGAGGACUAUACAGUCCUCAAUGGUGCUAAACACACAGAGGACUAUACAGUCCUCAAUGGUGCUAAACACACAGAGGACUAUACAGUCCUCAAUGGUGCUAAACACACAGAGCACUAUACAGUCCUCAAUGGUGCUAAACACACAGAGGACUAUACAGUCCUCAAUGGUGCUAAACACACAGAGCACUAUACAGUCCUCAAUGGUGCUAAACACACAGAGCACUAUACAUUCUACACAUAAUUCUCUAUCAUUUUUAAACAGUAGGUUCAGUGAAAUGUGUAUAACCACGACAGAUUAAAGCAUCCAGGUGUGUCCUUACGACUGUGUUUGGGCGUAUGGCAUGAUUCUGUUGGCAUACUGUGUUCACUAGACAUCUUCAUGUGCCUUAAACAGUGUUUCUUCUAUCAGAGCAUUACCAGCUGUAUGUAUAUAGAUAAACCCUCACACUCUGACUAAUCAUAUCCUUAUACUACAUUCAUACUGAAAGUUAUUCCUUUUUUUAUACGGCAUAAGUAUUUCAUUGAAGGAGUUUUUUUUGUAUUGUAAAAAUGAACUGUAAAUAAAUAUGUA